AUGAAUAGCUUGUUAAUAGUCACAUUAACUUUUUUAUUUGGUACUGCUCUUUCUCAAGCAACUCCUCAAUCACUAGGUUUCUCUUGCGCUAACCACUUUAGUGCAAAUAAUUGUUUAAAUCCUUGCAUAUUUACACCUGAUCCUAACUCAUUUGUAUGUGUUUCUAGCUGUAUGUCUUUAACAACUCCAUAGGACUGUGCAAAAUAACCAACUUGUACUUUUACUACUGGAUUUUGUGAGCUAGUAGCAAAUACAUGCUCAAAUAUUUAAGGACCUACGAUAACACAAGACUAAUGUCAAGCAUAAAAUAGCGCAUGUAAAUAUACCCCUUUUUAACCAGCUACAUGUGCUGUUUUAGAUGAUGUAAAAAAGUCUUGUUCAAAUAAUUCAGAUUAUUAUUCUUGUGUUAAGGACCCUAAUUGCUAAUUUGUUGAUACUGAAUAGAAAUGCUCAUUUUAAUCAAAACCAGGUACUUGUGGUGAUCCUAAAAAUUGUGAUCCAAAAUAUUGUAAUCUUCCUAAAUGCGUCACUGCUGGAUUAUAAUGUGACGCAACUUUACCAUAAGACAAAUGUAUUGGAAAUUGUAUUUUUAAAGGAGGAAAAUGUAUCGAUCCAUGCAAUGAUGUUUGCGAUAAAUCUAAAUGUCAGCAAGGUGUAGACUGCUCAGUAAAUACUGAUAUUGCAACUGCUACAUGCUCUACUAACAAAACAGAUAAUGAUUGUGUUAAUAAUUCAAAUUGUUUAGUUUAAUCUAAAGGAACAUGCUAAGCAAAAGAUAACUUAUGCUUAGAUGUAACUAAUUGUAGUUAAACUCCAAAAGUAUGCAAAUACACUCCUCCUGUUAACCCAAUCUGCUCAAACCCAGUUUGUAAUUCAUAAAAUUAUUAAACUUGUGAUCCUGGAUGUUAAAGUGUAGCUCCUUAAUGUACUCCUAAUGGUUUAAGCUUAUGCUAAAGCAAAUCAAAUCCAUAGGAUUGUGCUAAUAGUACAUUUUGCUAAUUUACAUAAGGCGGUAUUUGUGCUACUGCUGUUGCUAGUUCAAAAGAAAUUAUUGAAUUUAUUGUUUACUCUUUAAUUUUAUGUUUAUUCUUAUGA